AGUGCGGUGCUGUUCAGCUACUAUACUCGAGACUCCUUGUUUCCUAAUCUUCUUAACCACCUCACCAAAAAUAACUCUAAUCCCUCAAGCUGGAAGAAACAAAAAAAUUAAAAUAAAAUGAAAUAAAAGCAAUCCCAUAUCUGGAAAUCUUGCGAGAAUAUAGAGUUUUAAAUGAAGGGGUGCUGAAGGUGAAAAUGGAGGCAGCUGAGGCAGAGUUGGAGCGAAGAAGCAAGUUCUUGAACAGCUUAAUACUGAAGAAGAAAGCUGUGGAGCAAAAAGAGCAGCAUGAACGAUUGAAUGUACGUUUGAGAGCUUCUGAUAUGGCGGUGUCUUUGCAGAACCACGCCUUUAAUUGCGCUAGAAACAAUCUUGACUCCAUGCCUAAAGGGAAGCUGGAUAGUAAACGCCUUGCUCUUUCUCUCAAGAAGGAAUUUGAUUCAACAUAUGGUCCGGCUUGGCAUUGCAUUGUUGGAACAAGCUUUGGCUCAUACGUGACACAUUCCACUGGAGGUUUUUUGUAUUUCUCAAUCGAUAAGGUCUACGUUCUUCUGUUCAAGACUGCUGUUGAACCAUUAGACCGUUGAAACUCAUGGUUAUAUUAUACUCUGUAAUUGCAAAGAUCUUGAAUCCUGAAUGCCUUUUGAAACUCAGAACCUUAUGUACAAAGCUGAAGGGAAAAACAAAAACAAAAAAGAAGAAGAAAGAAAUGGACAAUAUGUAAUUCUUCUCUGCCUUCGUUUCUGUGUUGUAUCUGAUAACUGACCUAUUGAAAAGAGGAAAAGGGGGAAAAUGUAGUGUUUUUAACUA